UCACUCUGUCUUUCUGGGUUUUUUUUUUUUUUUUGGUGCCCGUGUGCGUUAGCGCGCGCGUGUGUGUGCGUGUGGGUCCCCGAGCUCCGCUUCUGCUCCUUGUUUGUUGUCGCUGCUUCGAGAGUGAACGGCGCGCACGAGAGCUCCAGAGUAGAUGAGCCGCUCAGAGGUCCACGAGGUGUUGACGAGUUCGGACUGAGCGCAGAGCAACACCUUGCCGGCCAUGGAAGCGUGCGUCUGCUGCAGGGGAAUGUACGGGCUGAGAGGGGGACCCGCCGCCUGAUAGCCAGCCUCCGUCCCAGAUAAGGGGAGCAUGCCUCAGACCUGCAGAAUCACUGUCUUCGCUGCAAAGGACUUCCCAUCAGACUGCCUUGUUUCCACUAUCUGACAUUUUUACAGUUCACGUCCCCAACUGACUUCAUUUCAGCCUGUUUGGCUCCACUGCUUUUCAAGAAAGGUGAGAGGAUCAAUGAUGAGCAUCUCUGAGACCAGCCGGGUUGGACUUUUUUAAUCAGAACCUUUUUAGUCACACAAGAACCUGCCACAAACCAUCAACGCCAUGGCAUGCUCCUUGCUGAAACUACAAAUCUUCUGCUGGUUUCUCAUCACACUUGUCCAAGUGCACUCCACAGAGGGGUUCAGCCGAGCUGCCCUGCCAUUUGGUUUAGUACGGAGAGAGCUGUCUUGCGAGGGUUACCCCAUCGAUCUGCGGUGUCCCGGAAGUGAUGUCAUAAUGAUUGAAAGUGCCAACUAUGGCCGAACAGAUGACAAGAUCUGCGACGCCGACCCUUUCCAGAUGGAGAACGUCAACUGCUAUCUUCCAGAUGCCUACAAGAUCAUGUCACAAAGGUGCAACAAUCGGACCCAGUGCAUCGUAAUCACGGGGUCAGAUGUCUUCCCUGACCCCUGCCCAGGGACCUACAAGUACCUAGAGGUCCAGUAUGAGUGUGUGCCCUACAUUUUUCUUUGUCCUGGGACUCUGAAAGCGGUCGGUGAACCGUCCUUUCUAUUUGAAGCGGAGCAACAAGCGGGUGCCUGGUGCAAAGACCCCCUGCAAGCUGCCGACAAAAUCUACUUCAUGCCUUGGACUCCUUAUAGGACAGACACGCUCAUUGAGUACUCCUCCCUAGAUGACUUCCAAAACGCCCGGCAAACCAUCACCUACAAGCUGCCCCACCGGGUGGAUGGGACGGGAUUUGUGGUCUACGACGGCGCCGUGUUUUUCAACAAAGAGCGCACCCGCAACAUUGUGAAGUUUGACCUGAGGACUCGAAUAAAAAGUGGUGAGGCGAUCAUCAAUAAUGCCAACUACCACGACACGUCGCCCUACAAGUGGGGGGGCAAAACAGACAUUGACUUGGCAGUAGAUGAGAAUGGGCUGUGGGUGAUCUAUGCCACCGAGCAGAACAAUGGCAUGAUCGUCAUCAGCCAGUUGAACCCCUACACGCUACGGUUUGAGGCUACCUGGGACACGACCUAUGACAAGCGCUCCGCUUCCAAUGCCUUCAUGGUUUGUGGAGUACUGUAUGUGGUCCGCUCCACCUAUGAAGACAAUGAAAGUGAGGUCAGCAAGAGCCUGAUCGACUACAUUUACAAUACCAAACAGAACCAUGGGGAAUACGUUGAUAUCCACUUUCCCAACCAGUACCAGUACAUUGCAGCUGUGGAAUACAAUCCGCGAGAUAACCAGCUCUACGUGUGGAAUAAUUUUUACAUCCUGAGGUACAACCUGGUGUUUGGCCCACCUGAUCCAGCACAUGCUCCGCCACUGUCAGAAGUCACCACGUCCCCUCAGCCUCAGAAAACGACAACCACCACCACAACAACCACAGCGCACUGGGGCGUGGCCAACACUACCACCACAACAGGGCCCAAGGAGGGCAGCAGGGGAGCACCUCGGCCGCCUCCCGUGAUUCCACAGACUACUUCCCCUCCGCCCCUCGAGACCUUCCCUUUAUCCGAGCGCUUCUGCGAGGCCACCGAGAAAAGAGACAUAAUGUGGCCUCAGACCCAGAGGGGCAUGCUCGUGGAGCGACCUUGCCCCAAGGGAACACGAGGCACGGCCUCUUAUUCAUGUGUCCUUUCCACUGGGGCCUGGCACCCAAAGGGCCCUGAUCUCAGCAACUGUACCUCCCACUGGGUCAACCAAGUAGCACAAAAGAUCCGCAGCGGUGAAAAUGCGGCUAACUUGGCCAACGAGUUAGCCAAGCACACCAAAGGCCCCAUUUUUGCCGGGGACGUCAGCUCCUCGGUGCGCCUGAUGGAGCAGCUGGUGGACAUUCUGGAUGCUCAGCUGCAGGAGCUCAGACCCAGCGAGAAGGAUUCUGCAGGACGCAGCUUUAACAAGGCCAUUGUGGACACGGUAGAUAACCUUCUGCGACCAGAGGCCUUGAAGUCAUGGCAGGACAUGAACAGCACGGAGCAAACGCACGCCGCCACCAUGUUACUUGACACCCUGGAGGAAGGUGCCUUUGUCCUUGCCGACAACCUCAUGGAACCGGCUGUAGUCAAAGUUCCUGCCGACAAUAUAAUCCUGGAUGUGUACGUACUCAGCACCGAUGGCCAGGUCCAGGAUUUUAAAUUUCCCCAAUCCAGCAAAAGCGGUAUCUCGAUCCAGCUGUCGGCCAACACUGUCAAGCUCAACAGUCGCAAUGGAGUUGCCAAGCUGGUCUUUGUGCUCUACAAAAAUCUGGGUCAGUUCCUCAGCGCAGAAAACUCCACGAUCAAGAUGGCCAACGAUGCUUACGGCCGCAACGUGUCGGUGGCCGUCAACUCUGACAUCAUAGCUGCCUCAAUCAACAAGGAGUCCAGCCGUGUGUUCAUCAAUGACCCAGUGAUUUUUACCCUGGAGCACAUUGAUAUGGAGCACUACUUCAACUCCAAUUGCUCCUUCUGGAAUUACUCUGAGAGGAGUAUGAUGGGCCACUGGUCCACCCAAGGCUGCAAACUCCUAGACUCCAAUAAAACACACACCACCUGCUCGUGCAGCCAUCUCACCAACUUUGCCAUCCUCAUGGCGCACCGUGAAAUCUCAGUUAACGACCGAGUGCAUGAGCUGCUGCUGACUGUCAUCACUCGCGUCGGGGUCGUGGUGUCCCUCGUCUGCCUCACAAUCAGCAUAUUCACCUUCUGCUUCUUCAGGGGCCUGCAGAGUGAUCGCAACACCAUCCACAAGAACCUGUGCAUUAAUCUUUUCAUCGCAGAGUUAAUAUUCCUAAUUGGUAUCGAUAUGACGGAACCCAGGAUUGGAUGCGCCAUCAUCGCGGGGAUCCUCCACUUCUUCUUCCUGGCUUCCUUCUCCUGGAUGUGUCUCGAGGGGGUCCAGCUGUACCUCAUGCUCGUGGAGGUCUUUGAGAGCGAAUACUCCCGAAAGAAGUACUACUACGUGUCCGGUUACCUCUUCCCUGCCAUUGUGGUCGGCGUCUCCGCAGCUAUCGACUACCGGAGCUACGGGACCAAGAAGGCGUGCUGGCUAAGUGUGGACAAUCACUUCAUAUGGAGUUUUAUAGGCCCUGUCACCUUCAUCAUCAUGCUCAAUCUCAUCUUCCUGGUCAUCACAAUGUACAAAAUGGUGAAGCACUCUACCACCCUGAAACCAGACUCCAGCCGACUGGAGAAUAUAAAUAAUUAUCGCAUUUGUGACGGCUACUAUAAUACAGAUUUGCCUGGAUAUGAAGACAAUAAACGGUUUAUCAAGUCCUGGGUCAUGGGGGCCUUCGCUUUGCUGUUUCUGCUGGGUCUCACCUGGUCCUUCGGUCUCUUCUUCAUCAACGAGGCCUCGAUUGUCAUGGCGUACCUCUUCACCAUAUUCAACACCUUCCAGGGAAUGUUCAUCUUCAUCUUCCACUGUCUUCUGCAAAAGAAAGUCCGCAAAGAGUACAGCAAGUGCUUCCGCCACACGUACUGCUGCGGAGGAUUGCCGACCGAGAGCUCACACGGCUCGGCGAAGACUUCCACCACACGGACCAGCGCACGCUAUUCUUCUGGUACACAGAGUCGUAUCAGGAGAAUGUGGAAUGACACCGUAAGAAAGCAAUCCGAGUCCUCCUUUAUCUCAGGUGACAUCAACAGCACCUCCACCCUUAACCAAGUGACCUUCAGAGAGACAAGGCACUCAGUGAACAAUGUGGUGAGGGACACAAGUGCAAUGGAUACUCUACCGCUAAAUGGUAACUUUAACAAUAGCUACUCACUCCGCAAUGGGGAUUUUGGCGACAGCGUGCAGGUAGUAGACUGCGGCCUCAGUCUGGACGAUGCUGCCUUUGAGAAAAUGAUCAUCUCUGAGCUCGUACACAACAACCUGCGUGCCUGUAACAAAAGCCACCACCAUCAGCAGCAGCAGCAACACCACAGUUUACAUCAUCCACCCCACCACCAGCAGCCCCAGCAGCCCCCGCAGUACCACCAUCACCACCACACGGAGCGGGCUCCGCCCAAGGUGACGGUGGUAGGCGUAGGCGGCAGUGGCGGUGGCAGCAGCAGUGAAGACGACGCUAUCGUAGCCGACGCUUCGUCUUUGGUGCACGUGGGCGACACGGUGGGUCUUGAGCUGCACCAUCAGCAGGAGUUGGAGGCGCCACUCAUCCCCCAGCGGACUCACUCGCUUCUGUACGCACCCCAGAAGAAAGUGAGGACCGAUGGGGGAGUUGAAACCUUUGUCAGCCCGCUGACACCCACCGAUCCCGACGAUAGUCUGCAGUCCCCAAACAGAGACUCCUUGUACACUAGUAUGCCUAAUCUAAGGGACUCUCCAUACCCCGAGAGCAGCCCUGACGUGGUGGAGGACCUGUCCCCCUGCAAGGGGAGUGAGAAUGGGGACGUUUACUACAAGAGCAUGCCUAACUUAGGGGCCGGCCACCAGCUCCAAGCCUAUUACCAGAUAGGCCGAGGAGGUAGUGAUGGUUACAUUAUUCCUAUCACAAAAGAUGGCUGCUUCCCUGUAGGUGACGUGCGGGAAGGACAGAUGCAGUUGGUGACAAGCCUUUAAAUAUAGGCUAUUUAAAUCAUCCCCAAACCUCUUCCUGCCCCGUUGCAGCCCUGACCUCAUAAAGGAAACCCCAGUGAAAGGAAGAAAAGUGAUCGUUUUAUUUUUGAAGAGACCUGAGAAAUCCCGUCAUGCACACUAGCCAUUUACAACCCCUCCUCCUCCAACUGCAUUGCAAUCUCCUUUCCCCCAGCCACCCGCCUCUUCCUACCUUCCCUGCAGACCAACAGACUUGAUGCACAGCGAUGGCAGUGCAAGGUCCAAAUGAGACUGUACAUAAAAUACAGAGUCAAAUUUCAAUUUUAAGAGACAAGCCAACUAUGUAUUUAAAUGUGCUGCUGCUGUUCAAAAAUGUAGAAACAUUUAAGGUACGAAAAAAAAAAAAGAAGAAAGACAAAAAAAAGAAACAUUACUGGCUCCAUCAUAUCAGAAAUGUCCCAGUCAAAAGGUUGUACAUACACUUCCCAACAUCCUUGUUGAAACCUGUUUUUUUAAUAAUUAUUGUAAACAAAACAACACCCCUGGACCAGGAUGUGGACUCUGUUUGUAAAAUGUUCCCGAUCAGACUGUCAGAAUAGGAAUAUAAGGUCCUGGUUGCCCAGCGUCGCUCUCCGUCACCUUGAAGUUUGGAUUGUAUAACCACUAGCAAUCAAGCCCCUGGCCUUAUAUUUUCUCAGCUGUACAUUGAACUGUUGUCAAGGAAAAUGGCUAAAAUAUAUAUUUUGUUGUAUUGCUAGUGUAAAAUAAAUAAUCAUGGCAAAACGUUAAUAUGAAGAAACCUUUUAAUUGCUAAAUUUAACGUUUUGAGAAGCUAUUGUGUAGAAGUUGCACACAUGUUAUACAGUGUGUUUAUGGUUCAUUCAUGGUAGUAUGUUUGAACGUAAAAGGCUUAUGAAAAGAAAGGAUUCAACAAAUUACAAAGAUGCAUUAUCACUUUUUUUUCCACAUGUGAACAGUGUUUUUUGCUUACUGAGUUCCUUUGAUUGCCCAUUGAAAUAUGUCUAUAUGAUUUUGCCAAAGUGGCAUUAACUUUAGUAGAAUGGGAAUGCAAAAACCCAGUUAAAGUGAUUUAUGCAUUGCACAUUUUUUUUGUAAUUCUGAAUGAAAUAGAUCUUUUUAACGGUCAUAGCAGAGUAAUGGGUAAGAACUUUUGAAAAUGAAGUUUCUAUCAUAAAUGUAGUUCUUCCGCCUGGGUUUGGACAUUUUAUUUAUUAAAAUCUUUCCAAAAAAGAAAUGGGAAAUGUGUGAAUAUUUUCCAGCACUGGUAUACAUGCUGUACUGUAGCUCAUGUUUUUUAUGUAAACAUGGUACCAAGGGGCUCAUCACUUAAGACUGAUGUAAAGUUCAACACUUGUAUAACAAAUUAAAUAAAUGUGAGAUUUUUUGUCAAAUGCCAGUUGCUUUUUAAUGGUUUGUGUUUUUGGUAUUGGAAAAAACAGGUUUAAUUCUUUUGCUAUGGACAAAAUAUACUUUGACUCAAGUCCAGAGCACCUUGAAAUUUACAAUUGGUGAAUUGUUUUCUUGGGGAUUUAUUUGCUUAUUUUUCUGCUUUUUUCUCGAAGCGCUGCAGAGUAGAGAGCUCAUUUCACCGUAUGUGUUAGAGAAGCCAAAUCUUUCCAUGUGAUUCAAAGAUGAGAUACUCAGGUAGGAAAAUUGCAUUGUAAAUGUUCCUCUGUGUGGUUGUAACACUAAUAAAGGUUGGGAAAUGA